GACUGGCGCGAUCAUGACGAGUGGUGAAAAUGUAGUCUGCUAGGAAAACCCCAACGAUAAUGGCUGACUAAGCACGACGAGGUCUCGUGUACAAUGUCUUUGGGCCAUAAGCUCUGAUGUCGUUGCGUGCAGUUGGGGAAAUCAUAAUGUUUCUGCGACCGAUUCUUCGGAGGGCUAUCGAGGUGCGCCGGCUGUGCCCACAACUGGGAGCCCUACGCCACCGGUCCGUGGAAUGUGGUCGGGAGCAACUGGAUUCCGGACACUGCUCGGGCACCAUGGACGACGUGGCCAAGAAAAUCAGGGAGCACAUCGGCGUGGAGGGAGGCUAUCACGCCAUCCCGAAGUGUCGGGAAGGGCUACUUAAGUUCCAGCCAGAUCGCAGCGACUUGCCGGGUCGCUCCAUGAUAGACUCGCAAACGACCGCCAACAUACUCCUGGAAUCCGAUGCCCUGAUGCGGGAGCGCUUUGUUUACGGUCGCGGCUUGUUGCGCAUGGGCCGGAUAAUGGAGGAACUAGAUCUGCUUGCCGUGUGGAUCUGCCAUCGUCAUGUCCAUCUGCCCAAGCUGCCAAAAGGGGUUCCACUGCCGUACACUUUUGUCACCCUGCUGGUGGACCACGGCCACUUCUUGGUCGAGAAGUUCAAGGCAGAUGUGGAUGUCUCUCUCUCCGGUCACGUUUCAUGGUCGGGCAAUAGCUCCCUGGAGAUCAUGGCAUAUGUGAGGCAAAGCGGAAAGCUUCUGGCAAAGGCCAUCUUUAUGAUAGCCGCUCGAGAUGCUACCAACUCUGGUCCGGCUCCAGUGAAUCCCUUGACCCCGGCCAAUGAGCUGGAGGAAUGCUUAUACCAGGAGGCUCUGGAGCGGCAAAAGCGGCGUGAGGGUAAUUUGCCCCACUUGGAGUCCAAUCGAAAGCCUUCGAAGGAGGAGGAGCAGAUCAUGUAUGAGGUGUUCACCCGGACCAAGGGCAUCGAGGGUCCCACACCCACGGAUAUGACUGCCCUGCCUCCGAAUUGCCGCUGGAUGUCCAAGUGGCACCGCAGAACCUUGCUGCAUCCGUUUCCGGAGCAUCGCAACGAAGCAAAUACCAUUUUCGGGGGCUUCAUCAUCCGCAAAGGCAUCGAGAUAGCGUUCAUUACGGCCAGUCUCUUCUCCAACGGCUAUCCCGUAAUCGAGUUCAUAUCGGACGUUACCUUCCCCCAUCCGAUUCCCGUGCACAGCUACAUGAAGCUAAAAGCCUAUGUGGUCUACACCCAGGACAAUUACGUUCAGUUGAUGACCGUGGUGGACGCGAUCGAUGGCAAAUCCUUCACGCAGUUCCACAGCAACACUCUGCACCUGACCUAUUCGUGCAGACAAGAGGUUCCCGAGGUCCUGCCAAGAAGCUAUUCCGAGGCACUGUGGUAUUUAUCAGGUCGUCGAUACCUGCAACGCUUCCGCGAGUUUGUAGAUCGAGACAUGGAGGGCAGUGAAUCAGGUCCUCCAGAAAACAUCAGUGGAGAGGGAGACGCCAUUUAGGAACAGGGAUUAUGAAAUAGUAUCAUCAAUAAAGGAACUGCUUUCCCAAA